UGCCCUGGCCACUCACUUUCUGAUGUUGCACGACGGGAAAUGCUUUGAAUACUUGCGACAUGGCUGCGCGCAUUGAUUGCCAAGAUUGACAGCAGCUCUACCCAUCGUCUUCUCCUGUCUGAGUGAGAGAGAGCGAGAUAAAGAACAGAUAGGCGAACAACAAAAGCUACUUGUAGUUUUGGACAGCUGAACUUCAGAGUACACGAUCCCCUCAUAUGGCCCCGUGUGAGCACACUUAAGUUUUCGCUCAACAGAUAGCUCAGUGAUCAUUUCUACAGUGUAGCGUUGCCGUUUAGUAUAGUGUUUACGCACGGAAAAGGACGAAUACACAACUUCUCCACGACUCAGAUCAUCAAGGUUUUUACAUGAAUUCAAAAUAAACCGACCAGUGAUCGCUGCAAGCUGGGGAUUGAGUCUUUCAGUUCUUAACCCCACACGCUGACAUGGAGGGCUUUCUUCGUAGCAGCUUUUUACUGAGCAGAGUUAUGUCUUCCAAGCAAGCCACGUCUCCUUUCGCCUCUGUGGUCGAUGGGGAUGAUGCCAUGAGUCAGGAGCACUUGUCUUGGGAGAAAGAGGAGAGUGCCGAGGCCCAUGGCACACCACAGCUGCCCCUGCACAGCCUGCUCCAUGGAAAAGCCCAUCCUGAUGAAAUGCAGCCGCUCAGCAGCAUGCCUCCAGAGAGCGAUUGGGACAGUCUGGUUUCAGCCCAACAGCGCAUGGAAUCUGACAGCAAUAAAGUAUGUUCCCUGUACUCCUUCCGGAACAAUUCCACUUCCCCACACAAGCCGGAGGAGGGGGCCCGGGAGCGAAGCGACCUGCUGAGUGGAUCAGCAUUUGGAACUCCGGAGCGCCGCAAAGGAAGCCUGGCAGACGUAGUUGACACGCUGAAGCAGAAGAAACUGGAGGAGAUGACAAAGACAGAACAAGACGAUCCCUCAUGCAUGGAGGCACUUCUUUCUAAAGAGUGGAAAGAGAAGAUGGAGAGUCUCAACACCAGUGAACUGCUGGCAGAAGUAAAAGGAACUCCAGAGAGCCUGGCAGAAAAGGAACACCAGCUCUCUACAAUGAUCGCCCAGCUGAUUAGCCUGCGAGAGCAGCUCCUGGCUGCCCACGACGAACAGAAGAAGUUUGCCGCCUCACAGAUGGAGAAACAGAGGCAGCAAAUGGAGUUAGCUCGUCAGCAGCAGGAACAGAUUGCAAGACAACAGCAGCAGCUUCUGCAGCAGCAGCACAAAAUCAACCUCCUCCAGCAACAGAUCCAGCAGGUCCAGGGUCACAUGCCUCCGCUCAUGAUCCCCAUUUUUCCACACGACCAGCGCACUCUGGCAGCAGCAGCCGCCGCCCAGCAAGGAUUUCUCUUCCCUCAAGGAAUGUCUUAUAAGCCAGGUGAUAACUACCCGGUGCAGUUCAUUCCAUCCACAAUGGCAGCUGCAGCCGCGUCAGGACUCAGCCCCCUCCAGCUUCAGCAACUGUAUGCCGCGCAGCUUGCCAGCAUGCAAGUCUCUCCCGGAGCCAAGUUGCCUCCACUACCCCAGUCCUUCAAUGCGAGUGGGCCCAUUUCUCCCUCUUCUCUGAAGAAUGACAAGAGUUCCUCCAGCCCCAUCACUCACAUCAAGGAGGAGGGAUCACAGCCGCUCAACCUGUCUGCUCGGCCAAAGAUGACAGACCUGGUGAAAUGCCCCACAUCGCCGACACAAAACCUGUUCCUCGGCAGUAAAAGCAGCCCCAACAGUCUCCUCGGCAAGGGUGGCAUUCCCAGCACACUUGGAGGCCUGGGCCGGGCAUCAUCUCUUGAUAUUCUGUCCAGCCUAAACUCCACCGCGCUGUUCGGGGACCAGGACACAGUGAUGAAGGCCAUACAGGAGGCUCGGAAAAUGAGGGAGCAGAUCCAGAGGGAACAGCUGCAGAUUCACCAGCAGGGCAUGGAGGCAAAGCUGUCCGCACUCAACUCCGUGGGCCUCAACAACUGCAGAGCUGACAAGGAGAGGGCACAUUUUGAGAGCCUUGGGCACCACCUCGGAAAGCUGGGUGAGGAAGGGAAGAUCGGCCAUAGAGUUAUUGACCUCACCAGGCCAGAAGAUCUCGAAGGAGGUGCUGGAUCUACUGAAGCACGAGUCUUCAGAGAAGCUCGAGGAAGGAACAACAACGAGCCCCACAUUAAAAGGCCAAUGAAUGCAUUCAUGGUGUGGGCCAAGGAUGAGAGGCGCAAGAUCCUCCAGGCCUUCCCCGACAUGCACAACUCCAACAUAAGCAAGAUUUUGGGUUCCCGAUGGAAGUCCAUGACUAACCAGGAUAAGCAGCCAUUCUAUGAAGAGCAGGCCCGUCUGAGUAAGCAACACCUAGAGAAGUACCCAAACUACAAGUACAAGCCACGGCCUAAGAGGACCUGCAUCAUCGAUGGAAAAAAACUCCGCAUUGGAGAGUACAAGCAGAUGAUGCGUUCACGGCGACAAGAAAUGAGGCAGUUCUUUACCGUGGGACAGCCACCGCAGAUCCCCAUCACCACCAGCGCCAGUAUGGUCUAUCCUGGGGCGAUCACCAUGGCGACCACCACACCCUCACCUCAGAUGACAUCAGAGUGCUCGAGUGCCUCGGCAAGUCCCGAGCCAACCAUUCCUGUCAUUCAGAAUACCUUCAACAUGAAGCUAGAGCCCAACCUCAUGGCAAAUAACACUGUGCCAGUCAAUGGCGAGGAUGUGAUGGACAUGUACGAGGAAUUUGAGGAUGAGCCCAAAUCAGACUAUAGCAGUGAAAAUGACACACAGGGGCGAGUCAGCGCCAACUGAGACCUCUUCAAUGGAAAAGGCCCAUGCAGACAACACUCAUACAGGAGGAUGCUCGAGGGCUGGUUUGAUCUGAGGGAGCGAAAGAGCAAAACAAAACAAAACUACACCACAAAAGGUUAAAAAAUGUUUUUUUUAAAAUAGGAAAAAAAAUAACAGUGUAUCAUUUAUGAGCCAGCAUGCAGAUGUGGCUUCAUCUGAAUCAAAAGCUAUUUGGUCUUAAGUGUUUCUUCAAGUGUGUGGAGCAGUUUGGUUGUGUUCAUUUAGAUUUUUUGUUUGUUAUCUCAUUGUUUAUUUUUUCAUUCUGAACACGGACAUUUACACGAUUAGGUCAUUGCCUAGAACAAAAUAUUUAACUUGAAAUUGAGCAUUUCAUAUGAACCUGUAAUUCUUACAGUCAUAUACGUAUUUUGAUUUUGAUAUAUUGCAUAACUGUUCAAGAUGGGGAUAAUAUUCUCACUCAGGUAUAGUGUGCCAGCCAACAGCUUGUGAAUGUUUUUAAUCAAUAAUUCAUUAUUACCAGUACAAAAUAUCUCAAAUUCAGAUGUGUGAGUGAUUCCAACAUAUUACAGAGGGAUUUUCAUUUUAUUAAUAUUAUUUUAAUUAUUAUUUGCGUUUUUGUUGAUAUUGUUAUUACACAAACUGCAUUAUUUAGUGCAGAAGUGCCAAACAUUUUAAGUUGUUUCUAAAAUCUGUAAAGUCUUUUGGGAGAGGCUUGGUGACUCUUGGACAAUCUCUUGAUCUCUUAAUACAGCUUCAUUAUCCAGUCUUUCUUUAAUUGACCCUAACAGAAUACACAAAUGAAACUCAGGAACUUGGAGGCAGCAGGCUCUGCGGGAGGUUACAGUAUGUGACAUCUUUGGGUGGUAGCUUGUGAUGCUAGCUGUUCUCCAGGGAGCCUAAUGCAGUGAUCAUCAAUGAACGCGGCCAGUUCUUUCAUUUCCUUAUCCCAGUCUACACAGUGGCGUCUUUAACUCAUAUCCAGCUCUGCAACCCAGUCUGAUUCACCAAGUUCUUAAUCAGAGUGAUUGUAAUCAGGCCAGAAUGCAAAAGGGCCAAAGGCCUCCAAUCUGUGGGAUUGGAAGAGCAGCGAAAGGCAGCUUUGGGGGCAUUACAAUCUCAAAUUGAUGUUGUACAAUGUGUAGCUACAGUACAUUCUGUUAAAUGCUUUAGCCCCAUUUGGACUGAAAGUUUAAAGUCUUACGUCUUAGAACUUCAUUUUUUUUUCAAUCUUAAUUCUGUUUAGACAUUGUAAAUCUUAAAUUGACACUAAGAAGUCUUAAAUCCGAGCACAGUCAUAGGGUUGAAGCAAUGAGUUGAUUACUACCGGAGUCUUAAGAGGAGGGACAGCCUGUGAGGAUAUUUAGAAACUUGAAAGAAAUCAUAUGUGUGUUGCUUAAAUUACCUCGUCAUAAUUGCAUAGCAGGGGUACUUUGAAACACUUUUUUAAAUUUGUUUUGCAUAGUGCACUUAUACAAAUCUUAUUCUGUCAACCUUUAGCCUUAUGUUGUAUUUCUUGAAUAAUAUUAUCAGCUUACCAGCACUUAAAUAUUGCGUUUAAAACAGGAAAACAUGCAAUGACUCAGAAAUGAGGGGCACAAGCAAAGUCUCUCUCCUAUUUCAGCCAAAAAGCUGACAAGUGGUGACCUUCUGGAGACUGCAGCUAGAUAAAGCAAGGCCUUGAUGUUGAGACUCAGAUCCUCUUUAUAGGGCAGAAGGUCUAAGUGGCUCCCCUCCCUGCCAUGCCCUGCUCUGACCCCUGCCCAUGGCAACCUCAGCACCCAGGGGGCGCCAUCUGGCCCAGAGAAGGAAAAAACAACAGGGAAGGAAAGGGAAACAAUAAAGAUGUGGUGUGUAUCCCUCAUUGUGCUUUCCAUCAAAGUGCUGGUAGUAAGGCCUCAACAGGGCUCCCACCCCAGCCCAAUCUCCAGGCACUGGCGAGCAGAUGGAACAAGUACAUCAAGCUGUGGGGGAUUAUUAAAAUGACUGACGACUGGGUAUCAUCUGAAAUACAGCAUUAUUAAUGCAUGAGUCCAGCUAUUCCCCUCCCUUGCCCUUGAACCUGUCCAUUUCAGAAAGAGCACAGAGCUUAUUGAAGGAUCUCAAUAGCUGGUCACUGGCUUUAACUGGUCAACAUCCCCACUGCUGGUCACUGCAUUUUCUCCUAGCUCUAAUUGGUACAGAUGGCUCUUUAUAUCUCACUCAUCUCUUCUGAACUCUUAUUGUCAAUAUCAGUGCUGUUUUGAAAGCAUUUAUUUUAAGUAUUUGUAGCCCCUCAUUCAUAAUUGUUUUCUUCAUAACAUUUUCUCUCCAUUGUUCUCAUUUUGAGGUACAAACUAUUUAAAAGAUGCUCUCCUACAAAGCAGUUUGCUCCUGAUUGCUGGUGGUUGGAUUGAUUUGUAUGUGAUUGUAAAUAUUUGUAUGACCAUGCCACACUGCUUUAGUUGGCUGGAAGUUAAAAAGAACUCUUCACGGAACUGAAACUUGACUGUGCUUAUAUAGCAAAAAAAAGACAAAAAAAAGAAACUCAUGUGGAGACAAUGUUUCAUAAGUGUUAUAAGCACUGGAUAUAAAUUGUAUUUUUAUCAAUGCUGAUUAAUGUGAAGCUGUUUGAGGAAAAUCACCAUGAACAAACAUAAUUCCCCAGUUGGACUCAAGUGGGUUUGCUCUCACAGUUGCCAGAUUUGAGUCAUUUUGUGUCUACUUAUUUUGUUUAUUUAUGCAAAGACUCAUGUGAUGAAUGAACACUUUGUUUAAGCUUCAGGGCUGCCUAGGGGAGAGACUCAGCACAAGAAAGUGAGCAGAUAAUUCAACAGCAGGCUCGGUUAGCCGUCAAACACCAGACUUCAAUGCAUUGUAUAUUGUAUUUGAAACUGUAGAAUAUCAACAUAUUGUAUUUAUUAUUAGCCACUGUCGGCUCUAAAUUUGUCAGCAAAACAACAACAUGGACAAUCAGAGAAAAAAAAAACAUGUUUGAUGAAUUGGAGCUAUAAAAAAAGGUUUUCAGUGAUUUCACCAUCUCAUUUAGAUUUUAUUGUAAAUAUAACAUAGGAAAUAUAUUUUUGUUCAUUAGUGAAGUAUAAGUUAUGUAUUUGGCUGUUAUUUUAUUUACUUUCUUAAAUUUGUGUACGUGGUUUCAUGUUUUUAAAACCUGACAAGUCACAGUACCUCAUGUAGAUGCUGAUUUUUUUUUUCUGCUUAUUGAAAGACAGCAGUAUUGGACCUGAGACAGAGAGAAGCACCUCACUUGCUUAAGUUUUGAUAAUCUUCCCUGGAAUAUAUAAAAAAAACAAUCAGAAUAACACGACACCCAUUAGAUGUGUUAACAUAAAGGAGUCAUUACAAAUACGGUACUCAUUCAAACAACAAGCACUUGAUGUAAAAUAAUUAUUCAAUUAUUUGUGUCCAAUAAUGAUACAAUCUAAAUGGUAUGCUGUAUAUCCUCACAUGUGUUUUUGUGUUUAUUACAGCACUCAUAGUGUGUGGCUGGUUUCUUACGAGGAACCGUUGUCAGCCAAAAUAAUCUGCAUGCAUUUGGCUUGCAUUGACAUUACCAGAAUAAACAAGGUUUUUUUUUCUUGAAAAAUGGUUUCAAACACAAGCAAUGUUUUAAUUUUAUUUGUGUGAGAAGUUGGGAGCGUGCAAAUAUGUAUUUGUUUUAAUGUGGCAAAAUGCACCAACAUUGUGCAUUCUUCUUAAUUCUCUCCUGGUCAUAUUGUUGUAUGUUUUGAAUGUUCAUACCUAUCCAGCCAUCUGAAAAUGUAGCCCUCACAAUUGUUUUCUCUAAAUCCACUUGCAAUGGUUUGAACAAAAUAACUGAAGACAAAAGCUUGUAUGCUGUUUCAACAUUAUUUACUGUAAUUCAAUUUAUUUCUGUAUGGACUUUGUGAUGUAUAUGGUGGGAAUGUUCUCUGUGUUAAUUUAAUCAGCACAAUUCACUGACAUGCUGGACUGACAUGCUAGCUGCUGUUCAGAAGUGUAAAACUGUUGUUCGGAGCAACGUUUAUAGUUGUCUUUGGUACUUUGCUUUUUAGAGUUGUCUCUCAAGCAACACUGUGUGUGGCUCUUCUAUCACUGGAGCCGAUGUUGAAAUUGCUGGCAGCCUGAUACAAUUUUCUGCGUAGAAUCUUUCUUGUUUUGUUUUUUUCUGGCAGGUACCUAGGCCCAUGGCAAGUAUUGUUUGGGUGUUAUUAGAGAAAAUGAAAUACAUAGUGUCUGUUGCUGCUUCAAAAAAAGUUUAUGUCUGAAUAUGUAAAUAGUUUAUCAUAAUAUCUUGUACAGUCCAAUGUAAAGUUUUUAAUUCAACUUAAAAAAAAAAUGUUGCCAUCACAUUUGUGUUCACAUUCUUCUUUAUACAGUACAAAAGAUUGAUUAUUUGCUAGGGGUAUUAUUGCUUAAAAAGAAAAAAAAAUGAAGAUGUUAUUACAUUUUUCUUAUGUUUGUUUUGCUUGGCUUCAAAGUGUAAACCAGCAAGUCUUUGGUUUCCAUGUGCAGUAUUGACGUGAGGUAAAGGUGAAUAAUUUUACAGUGGUGUGUGUGGAGAGCAGUCUCCUCGGCUUUGGUAGUAUUAAUUCACUAUAUCAAGUAAAAACAAACCAAUGAGUGACACAUUUGGGUGCAUCUAGGCACCAUAGAAAUGUGUAUAAUGUAUAUGAAUAAACUAUCCCCGCAGGAUCAAUUCAGGCAUAUUAACACCAUUUUCUGUAUGUAAAAAUGCAACAGUGGGAUGAAUAACUGCCUGUUUAAGCUCAUUUACCUCAAGAAUUUCCUCCUUUUCUGUAAGAGACAGAAAUUGUGUUACAGAAACCUUCUCCCAUCACUCCAUCUUUUGUACUGCUGUUGACACUUACAAAUUAAAGAGACAUUUUGUUUUAAGAA